GAUCCACUAAAAAGAUUCUCUUUUUUACCUUCUCCGAUUUAAAAUUUUCCGGUGAUUACUUACUUAACAAUCAUGGCGUCGUCGGAGGGAUUAGCGAGCGUUGACCCUUGGUCAUUCCGUCAAAACUUCAACAUCGAUUCAUGGCUAAUCUCUGAUUCCUUCUCUCACGAUAGUGAUUUACUCGCUAAAGCUCUUCACAGAUCCAUCUCCACUUCCACCGAAUCAUCUCCUCUUUCUCCUUCAUCUUUCUUCGACUCUUCAACCGCCGCCGUCUUAGUCUCCGAUCUUUCUCCUCCUCAAACUAUCUCCAACGUCUCUUUCGGCUCAGAUCCAGAAAUCCCCGUCGUCGGUGCUCUCGGUGGAGCGAAACGGAAACGUGGUCCUGGUGUUUCCGGUGGUAAACCAACGAAACGCCGAUCUCGAGUUUCUAAUAAGAAAUCUCAAACCACGUUUAUAACGGCUGACGCGGCUAAUUUCCGGCAGAUGGUUCAACAAGUCACCGGAGCUAAGUUCCUCGGUUCUUCCAACAGCAUUUUCGCACCGAUUGUGAAACCGGAGCCGCACCGGCUCGCUAGUAGACUACCACCGUCGUGUGGAAACUUGGAUCGAUCUUCAGCUGUUCCAACACUAGAUACGUCGUCGUUUUUGUCUAACCAUCACCAAGAAAACAUUAUCACAGAUUUGGGCUCUGUUUCAGCUCCGAUCAGUUCGUUUCAUCAUCAGUCAAGUGCUGCUACAACGACGGCGAACGUUGGUGCUGGUGGUGGCUCCGCCGUGGAAUUGGAUAGUUACCCGAGCUUCCCAACACUUGAAUCAUGGAAAGUUAUGUGAUCGAUCUUAGUGUUUGUAGAUGUAAUCUUUUUUUUUUUUCUUGUAUUUCUCUUUUGUUAUCAAGAAUCUUGUUUUCGUCCUUAGCUUUUGCAGCUAUGGAGUCUCUUGUUCAUACUUUUGGGGAAAUCAAAUGGUUAAUUGAAA